AUGUCUGUUCCUGACUUCACCGACAUUGCUAAGCCCUCAGAUGGCCGGGCCGUGCCAGCUCCUCCCAGCAGGGGCAGCACCACCACCAGCACCACCACCAAGGCUAAGCAGGCUGUGUUUUCUCUGCCAGCGGCACCCGUUCCUGCCUUCACCGAUAUCAGCAAGUCAGCGAAUGAUAUCCUGAACAAGGAUUUCUAUCACGCUCUUGCCGCGAACCUCGAGGUCAAGCUAAAGGCCCCCAAUGGCGUUGCCUUUACCACCAAAGGGACGUCGACACAUGAUAGCGCGACGAGCGGAUCUGUUGAGGCGAAGAAGCUCCUCUCAAAUGGUAUAUACCUACAGCGUCUUAGCUUGGCCUACCUCACACUCUCGAGUCCUCUUGAUCGCGCGUUCCUCGCCUAUUUCAUAAACCCAACUUCCACGACACGCCCACCAGCGGUAACAGGGCUGAUAUAUUUAAAACACGCAGGCAUGUCCAUCACCGAGACCUUCACGACCACCAACAUGCUCUCCACCAAGGUCGAGCUUGACAAUACGCUUGCGCAGGGGCUCAAGGCUGAAGGCAUCAACCUCUUCUCCACCACCAACGGCUUCGUCGGCCAGAAGCUCAACCUGACCUUCAAGCCUGACCCGCGGUUCCACGCCCGCGCCUUCUUCGACUACACCAAGAGCGGUGCGGUCCAAGCCGUCGUCGAUGCCGUCACCGGCCACGAGGGCUUCCUCAUCGGCGGCGAGGUCGGCUACGAUGUCCAGAAGGCGGCCGUGACCCGCUACUCGGCCACCCUCGGCUACACCAUGGGCAGCGCCACCGCUGCGCUGCAGGCGACCAACAACAUGAACCUUUACACGGCGUCGUACUACCAGCGCGUCAACAGCACGACUGAGGUCGGCGUCAAGACUGGGUUCGAUGUUAAGAGCAACACCUCGAUCGGCAUGGAGCUUGCCAGCAAGCACCAGCUCGAUCCCAGCUCUUUUGUAAAGGGCAAGAUCAACGACCGCGGCAUCCUUGCCUUGGCUUACAAUUCCAAAAUCAACUCUGGCCUCACGUUCGGCAUUGGCGCUUCGUUCGAUGCGAACAAGCUGAACGAGGGCGGCCAUAAGGUCGGCACCAGCUUCACGUUCGAGGGUUGA